ACGAGGGGUGUCUGUCUGUGUAAAGCAUUUACUAGACUGAAAAGGUCCGUAUAGCCUCAGACAGAGAGAGAGAGUCAAAAGAAGUUAGUUGGUGAAAAAAAAAGAUAUUUUCGUUGGGUGACAGUCUGUUAAUAUUCAUUUCGCUCGUGGCCUCUCUUUCUCCAUCUCUAGCUCUCAUAGAUCCAUCCAUCAAUGGCUUCCCUCGUCGAAUCGGGCUGGCAGUACCUUGUGACGCAUUUUAGCGACUUUCAACUGGCCUGCAUUGGGAGUUUCCUCCUCCAUGAAAGCGUCUUCUUCUUGUCUGGUCUCCCUUUCAUUUUUUUAGAAAGGCAAGGCUUUCUCACCAAGUUCAAAAUUCAGGCGAAAAACAACACACCUGCAGCCCAAGGAAAAUGUAUCACUCGCCUCUUGCUUUAUCAUUUCUGCGUUAACUUGCCCCUCAUGAUGGCCUCCUACCCUGUCUUCAGAGCCAUGGGAAUGCGUAGCAGUUUUCCUCUACCUUCCUGGAAAGAAGUCUCUGCCCAGAUAUUAUUCUACUUCAUCAUUGAAGAUUUUGUUUUCUACUGGGGUCAUCGGAUCUUGCAUUCUAAAUGGUUGUACAAGAACGUCCACAGUGUGCAUCAUGAAUAUGCCACACCAUUUGGUUUAACAUCAGAAUAUGCUCACCCCGCUGAGAUUCUAUUCCUGGGAUUUGCUACCAUAGUCGGUCCAGCUCUCACCGGCCCUCACCUGAUUACUCUUUGGUUAUGGAUGGUUCUGAGAGUGCUCGAGACAGUUGAGGCUCAUUGUGGUUAUCAUUUCCCAUGGAGCCUCUCAAAUUUUCUUCCACUCUAUGGAGGUGCUGACUUCCAUGACUACCAUCACCGCCUCCUCUACACAAAGUCUGGAAACUACUCUUCAACUUUUGUGUAUAUGGACUGGAUCUUUGGUACCGAUAAGGGCUACAGAAGAUUGAAGUCUCUUAAAGAAACCAGUGAAUUGAAACAAACGUGAAAUCACCAGUUUUGAUUGCAGAGAACAUAAUGCAGAUUUGCAUCUUUGUGGAGGUCUUUUAUUCUGUAACCUCGUCUUCUAUUCUAUUUUGUUUUCCAUGUAGCUGCAGCUGUUCUAUGUCUUGGUUUAUUAUGUGUGUCUAGAAUUGCUACAAAUGUGGGGGUCCUUGAAAAUUAGCAUGUGUUUGGGACCUUUGGGUUGGGAAAUUGAAUCAUUUGUAUGAGUUACCUAUUUGAUUUGUUGCUUAACUACACUUUUAGAUGUUAUCAUCGA